AUGGAUUGGAUGUUGCCAACUGACGUGCAGUCAGAGGCCAUUCCUAUGAUUCUUGGUGGUGGUGACGUUUUAAUGGCGGCAGAAACCGGCAGUGGAAAAACGGGGGCGUUCUGUCUUCCAAUUUUGCAGAUCGUUCAUGAAGCCCUCAAGGACCAGUCUGAAGGGAAGGGAAUCGGUAAACCGGGACUAAAGUCUGUUGAGACUUCCAAAAACUGGAAAAUGAAUGUGUUCGACCGUGGUGAUGCUAUGGCUAUUGAUUCAGAGGGCCGUCUAUGUCAGGCACGCGACCCUUCAGGCUGGCAUGGUGCUCGCUCCAAUAAGUGUGUUUUUGGAAAAAGUGGACGAUAUUUUUUCGAGGCAACUGUUACAGAUGAAGGUCUAUGCCGUGUAGGCUGGUCUACUGGAAAUGCAUCGCUGGAUUUGGGUACUGAUAAAUAUGGUUUUGGUUUUGGUGGCACAGGUAAGAAAUCGAACAAUCGUCAGUUUGAUUCUUACGGAGAAUCGUUUGGUAUAAAUGACGUUAUCGGCUGCUUUCUGGAUUUGGAAAGAGGUUGUAUAAAAUUUUCUAAAAAUGGUAUUGAUCUUGGUAAAGCUUUUGAUAUUCCAGGCCCGCUGAGAAACGAUAAGUUUCACGCAGCCCUUGUACUGAAAAAUGCGGAGAUGGAAGUGAACUUUGGCGAGGACCUUUUCAAGUAUCCACCAGAUAAGAGCUACAUUCCUCUAUUUAAAGCCCCUAAAGAAGCAGUUAGUAUGUCCCGGAUUGAAUCAACAGGACCUGCAUCCCAUAAACCAGCGCCAAAUGCUCCCCAAGCAAUAAUUAUUGAACCUUCAAGGGAGUUGGCUGAACAGACACAUGAUCAGAUAAAGAAAUUCAAGAAAAAUUUAAAUAAUCCCACUAUUCGUGAACUUCUUAUUAUUGGAGGUGUGAGCUCUAAAGAGCAAUGUGACCGUCUUGAACAAGGAGUAGAUAUUGUUGUUGGCACACCUGGCCGAAUGGAAGAUUUAAUUUCAACUGGUAAACUGGCCCUACACCAAGUUCGUUUCUUUGUCUUGGACGAAGCUGAUGGUCUUCUCUCACAAGGCUAUGGUGAUCUGAUAAACCGUCUUCAUCAACAGAUUCCUAAAGUGACAAAUGAUGGUAACCGUUUGCAGAUGAUUGUUUGUUCUGCUACUUUGCAUUCAUUUGAUGUGAAAAAAAUGGCUGAGCGUCUCAUGUACUUCCCAACAUGGAUUGAUUUGAAAGGCCAGGAUUCUGUUCCUGAGACCGUACAUCAUGUUGUCUGUGAAGUUGAUCCAUACAGAGAUACACAGUGGCAGACUCUGAAGCGCCACAUCCAGACUGAUGGUGUUCAUUACAAAGACAAUCAUAACAAUCUCUCAUCGCCUGAGAUGCUGUCUGAAGCCAUCAAGAUCCUCAAAGGCGAGUAUACAAUUAAUGCAAUCAAUGAACACAACAUAGACCGAGGCUUGAUUUUCUGUCGUACUAAAUUAGACUGUGACAACAUGGAAAAAUAUCUAAUGGAACGUGGUCGAGGUACAAUAACCUGUGUCUGCUUGCACAGUGAUCGUAAGCCCCCUGAACGCAAGGCUAAUUUGCAGAAAUUUAAAGAUGGCAAGGUUCGUUUCUUGAUUUGCACUGAUGUAGCUGCCCGUGGUAUUGACGUGAGUGGUUUGCCAUAUGUGAUCAAUGUAACCCUACCUGAUGAAAAGCAGAACUACAUUCACCGUAUUGGUCGUGUUGGACGAGCAGAAAGGAUGGGAUUGGCUAUCUCAAUGGUUGGCAUGAAAAAGGAGAAAGUUUGGUACCACUCAAACUGUAACACACGAGGAAAAGGCUGUUACAAUACUAACCUCACUGAUAGAGGUGGCUGCUGCAUAUGGUAUGAUGAACCCAAGCUUUUGAAUGAUAUUCAAGAGCAUUUAGACAUCACUAUUGAUAAAGUUGAACCUGACAUGAAGAUUCCUGUAUUUGAGUUUGAUGGAAAGGUGAAUUAUGGUCAGAAGAGACGUAACCUUGGUUCUAUGUAUCAAGGACAUGUAGCUCAGUUGGCACCGACUGUGUCUGAAUUGGCAAAAUUGGAGAAAAUGGCUCAAACUUCAUUUAUUGACUUGAAAUACAAAAAAAAAUUUGCAUCUCGUUAA